CAGACACACACUUCAUUUACACGCAAACACACACACACACACACACACACUCUCUUCUGCUCUUCUCCACUGGUUGAUCAGUGUAUUGUGUGCGAAUUAGUGUGAGCUUUGCAGCGCACUGAAUUCCCCCUCCAAGCGUCAACACUGGUCCCACGCUCACAACACGGUCCUGGGAAGCUGUGUUUCAUGGAGAGUCUCAGGGCAUGUAGUGGAGUUUUAACACUGGAGAGGACAGGAGGACUGUUGGUGAAGUGGGCACAUGAUGGAAAGCCAACGGGCUCCGAGUCUCAAGGACCCCGCGGCUCAGAGUAAAAUGCUGCUGUUUGAGGAGACGCCAGUAGGGGCCAUGCCUGGGUUCCUUGGUCCCCGCGGUCAGAAGUAUCCCGUGCCCUACUAUGCUUACGACCCGAGAGAGAAGGACGAAGCAGGGCUGAUUCUCGCCUGGAGCGGGCCGAGCGCUGGCUUGACGGAAGGCAGGAGUGCUGUGAGUCAUCAGUCUGGCAUGAGGGGCAACAGCCAUAGCGUCUACCAGCCAUACAAGAAGACUUUCAGCCCAGAGGAAUGCCAUUCACGUUCCCCCUCGGUGUGUGGCACCCCAGGCAAGCCCGUUUCCUCACAAUACGCAAGAAGUCCGGAUAUGAGCAGUCCUUUGGCCUGUUCGUCAACAUCUGUCAUCAAUCAAACAGCAGGACGUAGCAGUGCAUCCCAGUCACCUCAAACCUCCAUGCAUCUAGCCAUCCCCAAGGCGGUCUAUGGACAAAGGCCAUGCUGUUCUGAGCGGGGCUGUGUUUUAGGACAAAGAUAUGGUGUAGAGCAUGUGACUCAGAGGGUGCCUAGCGCCGUCCAUGAGAGUGACUGGAUGAACACUGGUGCCCACUACAGCCGUCCAUCUCCCAUUCACAGAACUGCACCAGAGUCGUCUCUGCAACAAAAAGGGACUCACUUUGAACACGGUGGAGAAAGGCCGUUGCCAAAGGAUUCCAAUGGGGGAAAAUACCAGAAUUUAGGAGCAUGUAGAGCGAGGACUAUACCUGGUUACUUUGAGUCGCCCUUUAGUAGUUACCCGUGCAUCCCAACUCACGCAUUGUUUGGCUCAUUAACUCCACAGAAUUUGCAGACUCCCCCAAAUGGAUAUCAUGGCCUUCUUCCAGCCCACCCUCACCCAUUCGAGCAUAUGACCUCAACACAACAUAGACUUCCAUCACAGGUUUGUCAGGAACCCUCUCCGAUGUCCAAAUAUGGGCAUCUUCCACAGCACCAUGGGUUUUAUUACCCUGAGGAAAAUUUGAGGAUGGAGGGUGCAUCAGUAUGUAAAAACAUUGAGAAGAUGCAUAGAGAAAGUGCCUCUGCAUUUUCUAAUCAUUUGUUCAAAAACGUACAGGAACAUCGCCUUCUCUAUCAGCCUGAUCAUGGGGAUACUUCUAUGAUUAACUCUGUUGCCAUGCCAAAUCCCUCAUUCUUUAGAGGUUUGGAUCCACGCUAUCCAGUUCCAAGGGUUCACAUGACCGCCAGCCAAGUGAGAGGCUCACCAAAGGAACAACACACACCUCUGCUCUAUCACACCAAUGGUCUCACUACAUCUCCAGUAGGCCAGCCCCAUGGUUCACCAGUCUACUUGCAUAGUGACAGUGGUAGCGCCCGAUCACAUGAUAAACCACGUGGCUCCCCGCUGAACAUGCAUGUCGAGGCAAAAAGGCCCAGCGGGCAUGUGGAAAAGUUAUAUCUUUCCCCGGGCAGAUUACCAAGGAACAAAGUUCCACACAAUAGCCCGCAUGGAGAGCGAUUCAGUACCCCCCCCACCAUUGCCCCGGACCGGCCGCUGGACUACUCCUGUCAUAAAGUCCAUGUCAUAACUUCAAAGCAGUCCAAGGACCAUACAGAUCCUACAGCUGUCCAAAUGUCCCCAACUCACUAUGGAGAACGUAUUCACAAAGUUUACAGUCAUGGUCAUAACAGGGCGUCAACGACGGACACGUCUUCUCUGGUGACUAAUGAAGACCAUGGUACGUCGCCAUCUUGUUUCUGUACAACAGCUUUUAAAGGAAAACUCAAGAGGAGUAAUUCACAGGUUCCCAAUGACUUCACCACCAGACCAAUAAAAUUUGAAAAAUGUGAUUCACCCGAUGAGGAACUUUUAAUCAAAAGACAAAAGUUGGAACUUGAGGGAGACUUAAUGAAGAACGACAAUUCAACUGAUCAUCAUCCAAUGCCAAUCAUUGAUAAUGUCUUUAGUUUGGCCCCCUACAGAGCGCUCCUGCAGGCUUCUGGUAUGCUGCUCUCCAGUAAAAGGCUUUGGAGCAUUGAUCAGUGCACUAAACCAUGUGAAGAUAAAACAGACCCUUCUAUACAAGAUAAAGGACCAAGAGAAGAGGCAGAGCCCCCUUACGACGGCCCAGUGCCCAAAGAGCUGCUCUUCAGUAAUGCCACAACAGUGAAGCCUACAUCAGAUCUUAUUGAACAAAAAGCAAUGAAGGUAGAGAAGCAGGAACUUGAAACAAAUGACUGUGUAAACAGUCAUAGUAAAGUGAUUUCAGCGGACUGUUCCAAGGCUGCAGUAAAAGGGGAGGCCGCAGAGGUUUCUAUUCCUGACACUGGCCCCAUGUUUGUGAUCAAGAAGUGUGAACCCGAAGAGUUUGACAUUACCCCUCCAAAUGAAGUUUUAGAUGAGACUUCUAAAACAUGCCAUACCACACCAGAUGUUGGAUUAGAAUCUUCCCAUCAAGAAGAUGUCCAGCCACCCCCUGUACAACUGGAGGCAUUGAGUGAAACAUCCUCUAAAUCAACUACACCUGCUGUGCAAUCAGAGGACACACUCGGCACCCAAAGCACCCCUCAAUUUACUAUUUCCAAAUACAAAUUAAUCGUACCUGAUACCCACGGCAUUGCAUCUCGCCGCUCAAUAGAGAAGCCAGCCCUUCCAUCCAACAUGGUUGAGGUCAACAUUCAACCUAUUGUGGAGGUCCACAAGCCCCCUGUUCAACCUAUUGUGGUGGUCAACAAGCCACUACCACUACCUGAGUUGGUGGCUGAGUUCAAACACCCUCCUCCGCAACAAACACCUCCCAUACAUGUCCGUGAGCGUUUCUUGAAGCUCCACCAUUGCCUCUGCAACUUGGUGACUGAGGUGGUAUCAGUCUCCCCAGAGCAGGCCCUCAGAGACUGGAUUUGUCAGGUGGAGAAGGUUAACUCUGCACUUUCUGCUAACAAAAACCACAGGAUAUCCUGUCUACCGGCCGUCGAAGCCGGACAAGCUUGGCUUAAUGUACAGAUCCAGUUGGCUCUAGACAAGGUGCUACUCAGGAUUGAGGAAUAUAUCUCACAGGAACAAUGUCCAUUUCCACAUGUCAUGCGGACCGGGGCAGUGUUUAUCCCCAUGAUGGUGGUGAAGAAGUUGCUGUUCCCUCAGGUCCAGGGUGGCCAUAUUGACCAGGUGCUGCAGAACCGUAAGGUGGAGCUGCGGCCCACCACUCUGUCUGAAGAGAAGCACCUCACUCAGCUCCACAGACAAGCCUUCUCGUCCAAACUCCGCAGGUUGAUGUCCCUCAAACACCUGCCUCGCAUCUACACCGAUGUGCUAAACCUUUUCCAUCAUGCUUGUGUCUCCAAGCGCCUAGAAUCGUCCACAUCUGAUCUCCAAAAGAAAGUACAGGAGUAAAGCUGGAUGGGUUCUUAAAGACGGAGCUAGAAGACCGCUCAGAGGACCCUGAAGGCCUCAACACUCCUGCAUACAUUAAGGUUUUCACAGCCCCACCGUUUCCAGGGUCUAAUAGGCAGAUGCAUCCACAGCAAGAGGGGGAAACGUUGUACCCUAUCAAAAGGAAAUCUAAAAGCAGGGUGAAGAGAUGUUCAAGGCAGGCGUUUCUGGAUUACAGGUCUUCCUCGCCGAACAUUGAAGUUGAAAACAAGGAGCAGGAGAGGAACUGGGACGACGUGAACUCACUGGGGGAAACCAAAACUGACGUGCAAAAUGGUCAAGAAGGGUCCGUAAGGGUUGAAGCACUGGUAGGCUCCCCGGGGAGCAAAGAGAACACCUGGACUUGUCCCCUAUCUUCGGAUGAAUUAUCUACAUCAUCCAGUGACAUGGAGAUGGAGGGAUCCUCCAUCCCCUCCCUGGUCAACCCUGCCUUAGACUCUGUGAAAGGUAAAUUGCGACCAAAGAAACCCUCGGGCAUGAUUCUCAAACUACGGAGAGUGCUAUUUAGUAAGGGCCUCAAUGGUAGAACCGCAUGCUACAAGACGGUGUCUCAUUCUGGGACCUUUUCAGACUUUUCCCCCACCAGGGCCAAAAACGGAGAGAGGCUGAAGGCCAGAAAGCCGGGAGGCAAGAAGGACCGCUUCCUUGGUAGGUCGACCAAGGUCCCCAACUGGAACCAGAGAAGGGAGGGCUUCUCCCGGGCCCUGCGUUCUCUCUCCGGCUCUCGAAGACGCAGCAGAUCCCGUUUAAAGAUCCAGUACUGCCCGUACCUGUCUGCCUGCCACAGCGCCGAGCACCGGAGGCGAUGGGUGCUGCGCUCGGCCGUGCAGAGGGCUCAGGGAGCCAUCAAGUUCUGCUACCCGGACUUGGUGGGAAAGAAGAUCCUGCAUCUGUACGAGGAGGACGACAAGUCUGAGGUGUGGUACAGGGGUGAUGUGGUGAGCAUCCACGAGGCUCACCCCAACCCCCUGAAGAACGUGUUUGAGGUCAAAUACGACAGUGAACCUGAGUGGACGUACUUCCUGGAGCUGUUGAUGGACUUUAAAAAAGGUUGGCUGAAGAUUGCAGAGUAGGUCUUCGUUGGAGCUCUUCUGUGUGGGGGAUGUUUGGACUGUUUGAAAUCUGUUUUAUAGACCUGUGACUUUGCACUUACUUUUUUCUAAGUCUUAUUUGUACGUUUUGUAUAAUCAAACUAUUAAAGUAGGAUCUCACAGCUGUUUGUGAGAUGUGUGAGGGAGUGCCCUUUAUUGCUGUUGAAUUAAUAUGCAACUUUCUGGUGGGUAAAAGCUAUCUUUAAUUCGUUUGACUCAAAACUAGCAAGAUAGAUCUUGUAGUUGAUUUCACGCUUCUCUAAACCUUUGAUAGACUUAACUUACUUAAAGGGUUAAUGGUUUGGUUGUGAUCACAAAAUCUUCCUUUGUGUCUGUAAUGAACAUUGUUUGCAAUUCAUACACAAACCACUCUGCUUUUGGAACAUCAAGUCACUUAUAUAUAGCGUGUUUGAAUGCAUGUUCUAUAGUUGCUGGUCUUGGCAUUACUAUGGAUUUCAGAGCUGCUAAUUGUCUGAGAUGUGAAAAAGGGGAUUUCUGAUUGAAUUGUCAAAAUUCCCCUCAUUAGAUUUGUAUUUGUUUUGUAUGAAAUGUUUUUAACAUUGUUGGAUUCUAUCGUAUGACAUGAAGUAAACCUUUAUGAUUGAAGGAAAAACUGGUCGUUAGUCUACACUAAAGUUAAGUUUGAGGGUUAUUUUGGAUAGCGGGCAGCUAUUCAUCCAUACACAUACUGUACUCAAUGUGAAGAAUAUACAGAAAAUCCAAGUAAAAUAUCAAACGGGUGAAUUACUUUUACCAUCAAGUGAUUUGCAUCACUUGAGAACAAAAGGCCUUGUGUGGUCAAGAUUGUGCAAUGGUCCGAAUUGUAUGUUCAUCACAAACCUGUGGCUUAAGAACACAUUCCAGCCAGUCUAUAUAUGGUUGUGUGCUUCCAUCACUAAAUUCCUUUUAGUAUAGAACAUCGAAAGCUUAAUAGGUAACUGGGGCAUGAAAAUACAUUCCUAUUGUGUAUAUUCACUUUUUUAGUGGGUGUAAGGAGUUUUAAUAAAAUCGGUUUAUCACAGCAUACAUGUAUAUUGUGUGCAUUAUGAAACAAUCACCCAUGCCAAAAGGGAUGUUUGCAACAUUUUGCACUUUAAUAUAUUUCUCAAAAACAGACAACUAAAAUGUAUUUCCACAUUUUUACACUAUGUAAAUAAGAAACACUUAAUAGCAUAAAGAAAAGAUAUAUGUAGAAAAGUAUUAAAAGUUUUUGGGAUGUCUCAAUUAGAUGAAAUUAGCUUUUGAUUGCAAAUAUUAACUUAAUUACUUAUGAACUACUAGCAGACAUAAACAGGAGGUGCUUGGAUAAGCCUAUUUCACCCAACUUUGUCGUUAUAUUUAUGAAAUGACUGAAAGACUAAUUAAUAGAAACGUAACAUCACACAGCCACUUAGGCAUCGUUAUUGACACCGUUAGUUUACGUGGUGCGGUCAUGGCCUGAUUUAAAACAAUUGUAUUCAGUUUUUAUCAAUGUUCCCCCUAUUCUGGAAGACGAGAGCUCUGUCAGAGUGCAUUCACAAUAGACAGUACAGGGUUGCAUCAUGGAUGAACAUUUGGUUAGUCAUGAACCCGACCACUCCUAUUCUAAUGACUCACACAGUACUCCCAAUUAUGAGAUUUCUCAUGACAUUUAUUCAAAUAAACCAUACAUUUUUUAAAUUUUUGCUAGGAUUAAAAUAAUAGAUUUUUUAAACACAAACUUUUGGGGGAGGUCCCAAAAAUGUUAAACUGGUGUAAAGGAUGUGUUUGAAAGAUGUCGACACCUUGUUGUCUUCAGACUUGAACUAGUAGCUGUAUAUUGGUGUCCUCUCCAGUCAGUCUUGUGAAGACUGCUGUAGCACAGACGUAUGCAUUUACAAGCAGAGCUUGACAUCCAGAGCAACCACCACACUGAACAAUGCAACACCUGCAGGGGCGCCAACAUUUCAAUAUUUAAUCUUCAAC